AUGCCUCAAAUGAUGAAAAAAUGUAAUGCUAUCAAUGGCUUUCUUACAGACUUCUCUCAUACCAGCAAAGAAAGAUUCCCAUGGCUUAGAAUUGAUCUAGGAAAGACCUAUGAAGUUCAAGAAAUAGAAGUCUUCGCCAGACCAGAUUGCUGUGGUGGACGACUUCGAAGCAUAGACGUCAAAGUGGACAAAGAACCGUGUUCUGACUCGAUGGUCUUUUGUGGUCAUUUCUGUGGACCUGCAAACGUUGGAGAAAAGUUUUCUGUAUGGUGCCCUUCUAAUACAACUGGCCGAUAUGUACAUAAACAGGUCGUGGGAGGAUCGGAGACUUACUUAGACCCGGCAGAGGUGGCUGUUUGGGGACAUUUGUAA